UAUUUGCAAAUAUUUAGACUUCGAUUUCGAUUUGGGUCAACGACAUGUUGGCCGGGAUAAUACUGGCCAGCUGGCUGGUAAUAUUAUGGAUAUACUUUCUGUGGAGCCGCAGACGCUAUUAUAAGGCCGCCUGGCAACUGAGAGGACCUGUGGGUUGGCCAUUUAUUGGCAUGGGACUGCAAAUGAUGAAUCCGCAGACCUUUCUACAGUACAUGGAUGGUCUCUCACACAAGUAUAAGGCACCCUUCAUCUCCUGGAUGGGCACCAAUUGCUUUCUCUACGUCAACGAUCCGCUGACUGUGGAACAAAUCUUCAAUUCGAGCCACUGCACCAACAAGGGUGACUUCUAUCGCUUUAUGAGCUCAGCCAUUGGCGAUGGUCUCUUUACAUCCAGCUCGCCACGUUGGCAAAAGCAUCGUCGACUCAUCAAUCCCGCCUUUGGUCGUCAGAUUCUGUGCAAUUUUCUGCCCAUUUUCAAUGCCGAGUCGGCAGUGUUGCUAAAGAAACUUGAAGUGGAGGGCGUGCAACAGAACAAAAGCCUCGAGAUUUAUGUUAUACUCAAGAAGAUUGUCCUGGAGGCCGCUUGCCAGACAACAAUGGGCAAGAAAAUGAACUUUCAGCAUGAUGGUUCCAUGGCCAUCUUUGAGGCAUACAGUGGCAUAACGGAAGUGUGCGUGAAACGAAUGCUAUCACCUUGGCUAUACCCAGAGCUCAUCUAUCGCUGGUCUCGACUCUUUGACCGGCAACAGAAGGUCGUCGGUGUGCUCUUUGGCUUUGUGGAACAGCUAUUGCAGCCCGCCGUUUCAGUAGUGGGCGUGGAGGAUUUUGAUGCGAGCCAGCAGCUGGAGCAACCGCAAAAUCAGCAGCAGCGCAGCAAGUCAAAGUCAAUAUUCAUUGAGCAGGUGCGAGAGCAUGUGGAACGUGGACAGCAAAUGAGCUGGCAGGAUGUACGAGAUGAGGCCAAUGUAAUUAUUGCCGCGACCUUUGAAACAACAUCGACGGCAUUGUACUUUACCAUAUUGUGCUUGGCAAUGCAUCCAGAGUAUCAGGAGAAGUUGUUUGAAGAGCUUUGUGCUGAGCUGCCGGAUCAUGGGGACAUCACUAUGGAGCAGCUAGAGCGUCUUAGCUACACGGAGAUGGUCAUUAACGAGUCGAUGCGUCUGUUUGCACCUGUUCCCAUGGUGUUGCGCCAAGCUGGACAGGAUCUGCAGCUACGACGGGAUGAUGGCGAAUAUGUGAUACCUGCGGGGACACAGAUUGGCAUCGAUAUCUACAACAUGCAGCGGGACGAACGAGUUUGGGGUCCAUUGGCGAGAAAAUACAAUCCGGAUGCGCAUUUUGGACCAGAUGCGAAACCGCGUCAUGCCUUUGCCUUUGUGCCAUUCACCAAGGGAUUGCGAAUGUGCAUCGGCUAUAGAUAUGCUCUCAUGCUGAUGAAAUUGCUUUUGGCCAAGAUCUUUCGUAGCUAUCGCAUCCACACAGAGGCCCAGUUGGAGCAGCUGUUGGUAAAGGGGAAUAUAUCGUUGAAGCUGAAGGAAUAUCCACUGUGUCGCGUCGAACGAAGGUAACAAGACCUGACCUAACGAGCACCUGACCCAACUAGCCCACCUCGUAUCCAUCUGAGUGGUGCUCAAUCAAAUUGUACCAGUUUGUUGCAAUUUUCCAAUUAAAAAUGUAAUUUUUGUUGCA